GCCUCCACUCGAACCGAGGAAGUGUCAUCAAACAAAGUCGCUAAGACACAAAACAGCUUAAUAUUAACCUACAAAGUUAAAUUGUUAUUUUGAGGUGGGCCCACACGACCGCGCUUCUUCCUCCUUUCGGUAACCUCAACAGCUCAGCCCCUGCUCCCCGAAACGGGACACCAUACUCGGCACAUGAGAUGAGCGACUCAACGGCGUCCGACGGAAUGGUGGAGGUCAAACAAGGCACCAAGUACGUCAAGGAGACCGAGAACGUGGCGGAGAAAUACUCGGCCUUGACUGUGAGCAAGAACAGCAGCGACGUGAAUAUGAACGUCGGGGAGAUGCCCUCUGCCGCCUUCACCGCCGUUCCUACACUCAAGUCCGUCAAAAAGAUCCAGUUUGCCAAUGCAGAGGAUAAACAGGAGUUCAGCAAAUACCCGACCAAAGCUGGCCGCCGCUCCCUCUCUCGCUCCAUCUCGCAGUCGUCCACAGACAGCUACAGCUCAGCUGCGUCCUACACUGACAGCUCUGAUGAUGAAACAUCCCCAAGAGACAAAGCUCAGGUCAACACUCAGGGCAGCAGCGACUUCUGCGUGAAGAACAUCAAACAGGCCGAAUUUGGCCGCCGUGAGAUUGAAAUUGCCGAACAAGAUAUGUCGGCCCUCAUUUCCCUGAGGAAGAGAGCGCAGGGUGAGAAGCCUCUGGCGGGGGCCAAAGUGGUGGGCUGUACCCACAUCACGGCUCAGACGGCGGUGCUGAUCGAGACCCUGGUGGCUCUGGGGGCUCAGUGUCGCUGGACCGCAUGCAACAUCUACUCCACCCAGAACGAGGUGGCUGCUGCUCUGGCCGAGACAGGAGUGCCCGUGUUUGCCUGGAAGGGUGAGACCGAGGAUGACUUCUGGUGGUGCAUCGACCGCUGCGUCAACUUGGAGGGCUGGCAAGCCAAUAUGAUUUUGGACGAUGGCGGAGACUUGACACACUGGGUUUACAAGAAGUACCCCAGCGUGUUCAAGAAAGUGCGGGGCAUCGUCGAGGAGAGCGUCACCGGUGUUCAUCGACUCUACCAACUGUCCAAAGCCGGCAAGCUGUGUGUCCCGGCGAUGAACGUGAAUGACUCGGUCACCAAGCAGAAGUUUGACAACCUCUACUGCUGCCGUGAAUCCAUCCUGGACGGCUUGAAGAGAACCACGGACAUCAUGUUUGGCGGCAAACAAGUGGUGGUGUGCGGUUAUGGAGAGGUGGGCAAAGGCUGCUGCACAGCUCUGAAAGCCCUCGGAGCAAUCGUGUGCAUCACUGAGAUCGACCCUAUCUGCGCCCUGCAGGCGUGCAUGGACGGCUUCAGAGUGGUCAAACUGAGCGAGGUGAUCCGGCAAAUGGAUGUGGUCAUCACUUGCACUGGCAACAAGAACGUUGUCACCAGAGAGCAACUGGAUCGCAUGAAGAACGGCUGCGUGGUGUGCAACAUGGGCCACUCCAACACGGAGAUUGACGUGGCCAGUCUACGCAGCCACGAGCUGACAUGGGAGAGGGUCCGCUCGCAGGUGGACCACAUCAUCUGGCCUGAUGGGAAGAGAGUUGUCCUGCUGGCUGAGGGUCGCCUGCUUAAUCUGAGCUGCUCCACAGUGCCCACCUUUGUGUUGUCCAUCACCGCGACCACUCAGGCUCUGGCCUUAAUCGAGCUGUUCAACGCUCCAGAGGGACGUUACAAGCAGGAUGUGUAUCUCCUGCCCAAGAAAAUGGACGAGUACGUGGCCAGUUUGCAUCUUCCCAACUUUGAUGCUCACCUCACAGAGCUCUCUGACGAGCAGGCCAAGUAUAUGGGCCUCAACAAGAACGGCCCCUUCAAGCCCAACUAUUACAGGUAUUAAUGGGAAGGCCUGCUGCUGUUUGGCUGAAAUGAAAAGAGAUAUCUAUUUUAUUUGAUGAAUUGCUACCAAAUGGAUGACUUAUUGUACUUAUGUAUCCUAAAUAGUACAUCAGGCAUAGCUUUAAAAACAAAUUGUAUAAUCAGCCAGCAUGUUUAUUGUCGUGUCAAAUAUGUAAACAAAAGCUUAAUUGCAUGCACUGUUUGCAGCUAUGGCGUUUUACUUAUUUAUUUUAUAUGAAUACAUGACCUCAAAGGUACUACCCAGUCCCCCUUAUUUAAUGCAGCAAAUUGAUAUGGAACUGUUCCAGAUCAGUCCUCAAUAAAUCCAGAACAUUUUACUCUAGGAACAACCGCAAGCUUAAUGUUGAUACAUAAUGGAAUAGACAGGCUAAUGAAUAGCAUCGAUAGUUGCAGUGCUAUAAAUAUGGAAGCAACGGAUAUUGGAAAACAAAUGGUGGAGAAACCUAUGUGGACAAACCAAAUCACAACAAUUAUAGGCAUACAUUCUUUAUCCUCUAGGAAUAGCUACAUCUAGAUAAACAAACUGGGAACCAAACCUCCAUCAUCGGGUUUUAAAUGAACAUUUUAAGGCUUAUUGCAUGCGGCAAUGUUUCUAUUUCUAUAUUAUGCCAGUAUGCUAGCCUGUAGGUCACAUCUACAUUUUUCUUUUGUUGCUAUCUCCUGAAUGAAUUUGCUAGUCACUCGCUGAUCAUGUUAAGUCUUUCUGAAUCGCUACCAUGUCUAUGUUUGAAUCGACCCGUUGAAAACAUUGAUUUGUCCUUUGUAAUGUAAUCUGAGAUAGCAUGUUUUGUGUCUAACAUGAUUGUCUGUUUGUUGUCACCGUGCAUUCAGUCAGCAAUAACACAUUUGUCGGCAGAGAAGAGUGCAUCUUCAAAUAAAGCUGCAUAAAAAGAGA